GUGGUGAAAGUAUUUAUGGAGGUCUAUUUGCUGACGAGCUCCAUUCACGUCUAAGAUUUAAGCACAGAGGCUUAGUUGCUUGCGCGAGUGCUGGUGCACCGCAUACAAAUGGAAGUCAAUUCUUUAUAACCUUGGAUCGUUGUGAUCAUCUUGACCGGAAGCAUACCAUUUUUGGAAAGGUAACUGGGGAUUCAAUAUAUAAUCUUCUACGGCUAAGUGAUGUUGAGACUGAUAAGAACGAUCGGCCCUUGGAUCCUCCCCCAAACGUAAUCUCGGUUGAGGUACUGUGGAACCCUUUUGAUGAUAUUAUUCCAAGAGUAGCAUCUGCAAGGUCUUUGCCCUCAUCUAGAGUUGAUACAGACACGAGAGAUCCAAAGAAGAAAGUUAAAAAAAAUGUGAACUUGCUCUCAUUUGGAGAAGAAGCAAUUGAAGAGGAGAAGGAACUGACAGCUUUCAACACUAAGAUAAAGAGCAGUCAUGAUGUAUUGGAUGAUCCUCGCCUCCUAAAGGAAGGAAUAUCAAGCAAGAACUUGGUAACAAUUGAGGACUUUCGUUAUGCCUUAUUGUUGCAUGGUAAAGCUACAAUAUGA